UGGCAGCCUGGCGGGAAACGACGAAAGUCACCCCCAAAACAAUUAGUUCCAACCAAACCAAUGCGGACCGCAAUGUCCAAGUGCCCAACCCGCCGCAUGGUAGACUCUUUUCUACUCUGGCCAACUCUUCUUCCAGAUCCAUCCUUUUGUUUCCCGUGACCAACCUGCACGCAUAAUGCAUGAUCUUUGCACCCCGCAUGAUUGAGCCCAGGGUUUUCCCUUUGUCUAUGCAGGUUUUACCUGGGCCCAACUUAUCUAGUUUUAGUCUAGGAUAGUCAGUGAGGGGAGUUAGUCAUUGCGCCAAUUGAUACGGUGAUUUCAAAAACGACCCAAGUCCAGUAUUUCACCAAAAUCGUUUUAUCAUUGCAAGUUGUAGUAUGAAAUGUGCCGCAUGCAGUGGUGUUAUAAGCUACCCAACUUUCUAUAUUUUUGCUGCAUUAAAUGCCAUCUGAAAACCGUAGUGAUGUCAAGACAAUCCCAAGUCCUGGACUUGGGAGGUUCUUGAAAUAACUAUACGAAUGACCAGAUGCACUUUGUACAAUAUGCAGUAGGGCUGAGAAAAAUAUGGAUAUUUAUAUUUUAAUGUAUGAAACACCCUCAAAAUUCAGCACAAGGUAUUUUGGGAAUUAGCUGAGUGAGGUGAAAGUAACUAAUAAAUUUUAUUAUUGCAGUUACAUAAAUUAUUGGUAUUUUAUCCAAAAAAUUGUUAUAAUGUUAAUUAAUUUGCUUAUAUUUUAUCUUUUGGAAUUACAUGCAGUUCCAAAGAGAAUUUAAAUGUCAUGUGGAUAAUAAGGUUGGUAACGAAAAACUCUGAAAUACAUGUGGGCGAAAUACAUUUUUUUUUUCACAUAAUAGUCUAUGGAAAUUAUUGUUUGUCCCAACAUGGCUGACCACGAAACCGAAACUGAUGAUGGUAGUACGUUUAAAGUUAAAAGGAAACGAAAUGAGAAUGCAUGGGCAAAAAAUGUACGUAAACGUUUAAGAAGAGAAGGUAAACCAUAUAUUAAUGAAAGUGGUAAAGGGAUAAAGGCCCGUAAAACAGGAACUUCGUGCAGGUGUAAACGAGGCUGUCUUACAAAAUAUUCUGAUGAAGCAAAAGAGUUGCUGAUAACUAACCUUAACAAUCUAACCUGCAAAGAUGCCCAAGAUUCUUAUUUGUAUGGACUUCUACGCGAAAAGGCUAUUGACAGAAGACGACCACGAAAAGGAGAGAAGUCCCUGCAGCGUGAAAAACAGUAUAUAUACACUGUUGUACUUGGUGAACAAGAAACUGUUGUAUGCCGUGAAGGAUUUGCCAGCUUGUUUGGAAUAGGUGUUGGGCGAGUGAGACGGUUGACAGAACUUCAUAGCGCCGGUGUGUCACCAAAAGACAACAGAGGAUGUCACAACAACAGACCAAGGGCGAAAUCUGAAGACAUUAAAGAAAUGAUUGAUGCUCACAUACGUUCCUUUCCAUAUUGUGUUCAGCAUUAUGGGUCACGAGCGAAGCAAAGGUAUUUGCGUUCUGAUUUAGAUGUUAUGCAAAUGUAUGUACUGUUCCUUGAAAAACAUUACCCUGAAACAUACUUGCAAGUAAAAGGUGGGGCAGAUCCUAAGCAUGUAAAGUGUACAGUGAAAUAUGAGUAUUUUCUUCGCUACUAUCAGGAACAUUUUAAUUAUCCAUUUGGCAGACCACGGUCGGAUUUAUGUGCUUUCUGUGAAGAGUAUCGUGUCAAAAUUUGCGCUGAAAAAAAUGGAGUGGUUCGAAAACAAAUGCAACAGACUCUGAAACUUCACAAAGCAAAAGCAAGGAAAUUUAGAACAUCUAUGAAAGAUGCAAGUGGGUAUGUUCAGGGCAAUGAAAAUGCACAGGCAAUCUGUUUUGAUUUUCAGCAGAAUAUUCCCUUCCCCCAUCUUCAGGUUAGCGAUGUUUUUUACAAGAGGCAACUGUGGCUUCACAACUUUGCUGUUACAAAUUUGAGAACUGGCAAAAGUGUAAUGUUCACAUGGCCAGAAACGAAAGGUAAAAAAGGUGCAAACGAAGUUAUUUCCUGUCUAAAUAUAUACAUAAACACGUACCUUCCAGAAAAUUGUAAAGAGCUGUUUGUGUUUUCUGAUGGUUGUAUUGGUCAGAACCACAACAGAACCAUGAUGCAUUAUUUUUUCACUCAAGUCUAUGUGCACAGAUUUGUAAAGGUUACUCAGAUGUUCCCAGUCCGAGGCCAUUCAUUUUUGCCAUGUGAUCAACAUUUUGCUGUUAUUGAAAAAAUGAAAAGAAGAGUGGAGACUAUGGAGAUGUACGAAGGAUGGGUAGAACUGAUAAAGAAAAAAUUCCUUGUGCGUUCCUUAGAAACAGAGGAAAUCAUUGAUUUCCAAGGGGGCUUCAAGAAGUACUUCAAAUCCAGCAUUACGAAAAACAACGAGCGAUUUUGCGUUACCAAGUACAAACUGUUCAAGUUUGAUAGGUGCCAUAUCAAUGAUGUUUGUGUCGAUAAAACAAUGGGUGGAAUGAUGCCAGAAUUCUUUCGCAUCUUAAAACCCAAUGUUAAGCCAAAUAUCCCUGAAUGUAAAGCUUACAGCACACAACUCCCAGUUCAACAAAAGAAACUUGAUGAUGUCAGGUCUUUGUUAAAGUAUUUACAACCGGAUGCGGUGAGCUUUAUUAACUCGCUAGUUGGAUCUGAUGAGUUGUGUAAUGAGGACGGAGACUAUGAAGACAUUACAGAAAAUGUAUGAAAGAACAUUGUUUACAUGACAGCUAUGCUAUGUGUGUAGUGGGUAUAUUUUUGAAAAAUGAUUUAUUUCUUUGCUUAUGAUAUAAAAGUAUGUACUUUUUAUUCAUUCCUGUAUUACUACAAAGGUUUCUUUCAAUAUACAUUAAUUAUUAAACAGAGUAAAUCAUGAUUUUGUAAAAAAAUAAACCCUAACAAAUUCGGUGAUUUCAAUAACAUCCCAAGUCCAUCUACUUUGGUCACCGAUUGAUGGUUUCACAGGGGACUAAGAAACUCUUUUAUUGUAUGAAUACAGACCAAAUGUAUGACUACUCAAAGAUGUGAAACCAUUUUUGCUUGCAACAACUAGUUUUUAAAUGAAUUAGUUUUUUGCUUCUCCUGAAAAAUUUUAGUUUCUGGACUUGGCAAUCCCCUUCUAGCACAUGAUGCAUGCUUCCUCUCCCCGUGGCUUAAACCCUGCAUGAUUAGAGCGUUUAGGCUUCAGCCUGAGACACACUUAGAGUCGUCCCUACCCAGACCCCUCCUACACACUAAUAACUUUAAGUUAGGCUAGGAACAAAAAAUCGAAAACGUUGUAUUAACUUUCGGCCUUGAAACUUUACUCACAUCCGGCUAAAGACGUUUCACUUCAAUAAUGUUUUUUUACAAGGAACGCCCGGCAACGUGUCUUUAACAACGAUAUGAUGACCAAAAGUUGUGUAAACGUAAUGAACUAACUCAACCACCAACUGAAGACCUUUCAGGACCUAGCGUCUGGCAAACUUAAAUCUAAAAGCCUUACACGGAAGAUUAGCAUUUGUUUCAACGAUACAGCUGCAGUCUUCGCCUC